AUGCACUCGUCAACACUAAAGGCAACGUUUUCAGUUGUCGUUAUAGUUUUAUUAUUAUUUUCUUUACAAGUAGUAGCCGAAGAAGAUAUAGAAUUAUGGGAGAGAGAACCUCAAAAUUCUGCUAAUACUCCUUCAUCUACUACCUCGGGUCCUACAUCAUCAAGAUCAAAUUCAAGUUCAAAUCGUUCAACUCCAGCACCUACAACAACAUCAGAUGAAUAUGGUCCAACUAUACAAAAUUCUACAACUUCUAGUUCAUCCCCAAGUGGUACAAAUAAACCUAGUAAUAGUACUAAUACUGGCAAGGCUAAUAAUACUUAUACUGGUGGACUUCCUGUUGCAUCCACCAUUCCUAUGUCCGCAGUACUAAUAAGUGUUACUGAACCUGCCUCACAAAAAAAUAUUUUAUGUAAAAUUGGUUCAAACAUUACUUUUGGUUGGAAAUAUUUAAGUUCAUUUGGUCCAAAUUUGACGCCAAAAGAGAUUAGAGUUUAUGCUCAAUCCAAUCUUGAUACGAAAACUUGGUAUAACAUUUCAAACAAUUCUUCGGGUGAUACGACCGAAGUGAUUUGGGAUACAUCUACAGAAACUUCAUUACCCAUGGCCACUUAUAAGUUAUAUAUAUGUGAUGAAAGAGGUUUAACCGCACAACCGACGAAUGGUCGAUUGGCAGUUUUUGCGGGUGGUCUACAAUUUGGAAUGUAUACCCCUCGAGAAUCUGUACCCCUUGACGAAUAUCAAUGUCCUACUUGUAAUACAGCAGGCUUUUCGAUUCCAUAUCUUCCUCUUUUAGUAACAUUUGGUGUUUCGUUAAUAACAAUAUUUAUAUUCGGUUCUGGUUUACCUUAA